GUUUCAGGGCGGUCAGUUUAAGUUGCCAUAGCAGGGAAUAGUGUCAGCUGUGCAGGUGCAAAAGCUUAGAAGAAAUGUUUACGGUCUGUUAACGUGACACCCAAAUCCUGCAUUAGGGCAGAAAUGCUAAGGUAACGUUAUUCACGUCUUAUCCCGCUACAACGAUACCGAUGUCUGCCAAGUCAGAACUAUGGAGUCCUCCAGUGAAUCUGAGACUUUCGACAGAGCGAGAAGACCUCGCUUACGGGGCAGAGAACCCCAGCGAAGACGUAGUCGUGACAAAACUGAUGCCGAUAUUGCCAUUUCGGAGAAAAUUGACACACUGGCCAGCACGUUGCAGGACACCAGUCGCAACCUCCAUAGAGUCGAUCAGAUGUUGGGACAGUAUCGAGAGCACACAGACGAUAAAGCUGAAGCCAUGGCAACAUUGAAGGAGAGCUUGGAAGAGUCCAUUCAGCAGCUCCAGAGUCAGCGGCUCCACCGAGCGCCCACCAGUCACAGUGGCUCUUUUUCCACCCUACACAGCAGCGACCUGGAGGAUGGCAGCACCUCUGAUGGACCUCGCUACUGCCCCACGUCUCCACUGAAAGAUUAUGGCAGCUCAGAGGGGGGCAGCAGGAGAAGGUCCAGGUCCGCCACUGUGCGCUUCAGAGACUCAGGCCAGGCUGAGGAUAUUCAUGGUCUUCACCAGUCCCUCCGAGAUCUGCGCAGUGACCAGCUCCGUCUGACGGAUGACGUCAACCGAGAGAUUCACAGGAGGAACAGGUCUGAGGUGGAAACCAAGAGGACACUGAAGAAUCUCAAUGGCCGACUCAGCUCAUCACAGGGGGACCCAGUGUCAUUACGUGUUGAGCAGCGCCUUCAGGAGAUUGAGAAGGGGAUUCGCUCAGAACGACAACCAAUGUUUGACAGGCAGCGACCUCAGAUGCACCAACCCAGCAAUUUUCAGGAGGUGGAGCGUGAGCUGGAGAUGACCAGGAGGAGGCUGGAGCAGUCAGAGGGUGGACGGGACACUCUCCUCCAGCAGGUUGAAGACAUGCGUGACCAGCUCCUGAGGACGGAGAAAGAGCGUGUGGAGCUGCAACAGCAGGUGGCUCGCCUCUUCGCCCAGAGGAAGGGCAGCGACGGACGAGAGGAGGGCAAGAGGAGAGACGGGGGACGGGCCCCAGGCCGUGUGGAGAGAGACAGAGAGGUCCAGAGAGACCAGCUGGACCACAUCUCACUGAGUGACCUGGAGCAGCUCAAGAGGGUCCUGGAGCACAAGGACUGUGAAAAAGCCCAGCUCUCCUCUCAACUUGAGGCCCUGUCGCUGGACCUGCAGCGGGGUGAGCAGCGUCAGGGCCAGCUGCUUGAGCAGCUGCAGCAGAACCGGGCCGCCUCGGGAGCUGUGGUAGAGCGGGGAUGGAGCGUGCUCCAGGUUCAGCUGGCGAGGGCAGCCGGCGGGCGGAGGAGAGUGGCACGCGCCCUGGAGGCCCUGCGCCAGUGGAAGGGCCGCUGCCGCAAGCUGGAGCGCCAACUGCAGGAGCUCCGUGCUCAGGCCAAGCAGGACACGGACAAGGCCCAGCAGGUCAGACAGACCGUGCAGCCCAGUGUGAGUGGCUUCCACCAGGACGCCCUGCAGGAGCGCCUGCGGCAAGAGAGCGGCCGGCUGGAGGAGCGUCUGGAGCUGCUGGAGGGGGAGAGGCAACGGGAGCGCGCCCAGCUGGCCCACCUGCAGGGGGAGCUCAGGAGCCUCGGGGCGGAGAGGGCCGAGGCCACAGGGAGGCUGGCGCGGGAGGAGGCCGCCCGCAGGGAGGCGCAGCAGAAGCUGACCGAGCUGCAGGAGGAGCUGACCGAGCUGGGGAGGAGGUUGGAGGAGGAGAGGGAGAUCCACAGGCUGCACAGGAACGAGACCGAGGCCCACAUCAAGGAGCUGAAGGUUAUGUUGCUUUUCCAUGAUGCGUACUUUGCUUGGAUUAUGCCUCACUUGUCACUUGGGACAUCUGAUAAAUGCUUCCUCCCACCGCAGAGAGUCUCUGUUCGGGGAGCGUUGAGCGGAGCUGAUGAUCAGACUGAUGAUGGGGCGUUCAUGAAAGGUCAGGGGUCAAAUAGCGCCACAGGAGAUCUGCUGGCCUCAGCCAGACUCCUGCUGCCAGCUGUCAGCAGCGGCAGCAGCAUCAGUAGCGUCGGUGGCGUCUCCGGCUGCAGCUCCCCGCUCUCUUCCCCAUCGGAGGAAGGCGCCAUGGCACCCGAGUUGCAGAUGUUUGUUCAUGGUGACAGACAGCCAGGCAUGACUAAUCGCUCCUGCACCCCUCAUCUCUCUUGUCUCUGUUCCCAGGCGAUCUCCCAGAGCCCAGGGCUGCAGAAGGACCCUCACCGCUGGCUGGCUGAGACUAAGAACAAAGUGUUGGCUGUGUGUGAGGAGAGUUGGCGGAGCGGUGAGUGUGAGCGGCGUGUGCGGCGUCAGCUCCAGCAGAGCCGUGAGCAGCUGAAGACUCAGCGUCAGGGCCGUCAGCACGAGCAGCAGCACCUCCUCCAGCGCCUCAGCCAGCACGAGCAGCAGCUACAGCAGCUCAACAAGGAGAAGAGGGACCUGCAGGAGAGGAACAGCAGGAAGGAUGAGGAGAUGAGAAGCCUGCAGGAUAGAAUCUUGGAUUUGGAGAUGAGCACCCGGCUAGCCCUGGAUCACCUGGAGUCUGUACCUGACAAGCCCAACCUGAUGGAGAACUUCAAGGACCUGGAGGAGUCCCAGCGCCAGCGGGAGGCGGUGGAGCAGCGCUACAGCAAAUACAAGGAGAUCGUGGGGGACCUGCAGAAUCAGCUGGAGGAGUCCAAGCGCAAGAUCCAGGAGUACCGAGGUGAGAAGCUGGACGCUACGUCCCGGAGUCUCCAACUGGCCGGCCUUUCCUCCUCUUUCCGAGGAUACGAGACCUUCCUGUCCAGCACCCUGCUCUCUGGCGCUGCCUCAGCACCACCUCGGCGUUUAGGCCGCUCCCCCGAGCCGGACUCUGCUUUCCUCACCAGCGACGCCUCCGCCAUCAGUGGACACCUGGAGAGAGCUGUCGUGUGACUCGGCCGGUGGUCAAACGUCCAUAUUGCAUCGGCCGGUGGUCAAACGUCCAUAUUGCAUCGGCCGGUGGUCAAACAUCCAUAUUGCUGAUUGCCUCUCCACUGGUGGCCUGUCAGCAUGCCUUCCCCCUUAGAAACCAUGCGAUUGCGGACUGUUGCCAUUAUCAACCCCACUCCACGGCGCACGACUACCAUGACUACCUCUAUGGCAACAGCUGGCCAGACCAAUCAGCAGAACAGGAAGCAGGGUAAAGUGCAGGUUAAGAAGAAACCAUUAGAGGAGUAUUUUUUAGGAACGUGAUAUAUUCCAUAUUUUUUUAAAUUACCAUCAAUUACCAGCUCUUUUCUCCUGUAAAUGGUGCCAGUAAGUGGUGUUUUAUAACAACUGUUUAAACUGUUCUGAGAGGACCAUCUCAUUUCAAACUGUGGUGCCUUUGGAACUAUGCAUGCUGAAAAGUGUGUGCAUGUUUUAUACAUUUUACAUCUUUAUAACACUACUGUACUGUGAAAUGAUUGUUUGUUUUUUAUCUUAAUAUUUUUUAGCAUUGACAGUCACUGUUUUAUACUAUUUUGUAAUUGUCAGUGAAAUCCAAAAAUACAUGUAGCUGCAUUA